AAUAUCGCGAGAUGAUGUGUCGGAAGCUAACACCGCGUGGGUUUCGUAACAUGUUAGGAAAUACAUUCAAUGCCCUUUAAUGCCAAGGCAGAACUGCGUCUAUGGCGGGACUGAAGAAAAAGUUAAAAGAAGCCGUGAAGGUCAUCAGCUCAGGUAGCCUCCUGUUUGCAUCCUACCUCACUGCGACUGGAGAUGAGCGUUUCUAUGCCAACCUGCUGAUGCCCCUGCUGCAGAGGAUUGUGGGGCCUGAGACAGCCCAUGUGCUGGCAGUGAAGAUGAUAGGUUUGGGUCUGGUACCUCUGAACCGCUACCAGGACCCUGCAUCAUUGGAAGUCAGCGUCCUUGGGUUAAGGUUCAAAAACCCGAUUGGGAUUGCGGCCGGCUUCGACAAGCACGGAGAAGCCGUUGAUGGCUUGUACAAACUGGGCUUUGGCUUUGUUGAGGUGGGGACAGUUACUCCCAAACCUCAGGAGGGGAACCCGAAGCCACGCGUGUUUCGCCUCACUGCAGAUAAUGCAAUAAUCAACAGAUAUGGAUUCAACAGCUGUGGUUUGGCAGAAGUACACAUGAGGCUGAAGGCCAGAGAAGAAACACAGCAAGGGCGAAGUAAAGCUGGCCUUCCCCUCGGCAUCAACCUGGGGAAGAACAAGCUUUCACGGGACGCAGGGGCAGAUUAUCUGGAGGGCGUGAAAGUGCUGGGCCCGCUGGCUGACUACCUGGUGGUCAACGUUAGCAGCCCUAAUACACCAGGUCUCCGGGAUCUACAGGGCAAGGCUGAGCUUCGCCAGCUUCUGCACACAGUGCUGAAGGAACGUGACGCCCUGCAGGAAGAGCGUAAACCUCCCGUCCUGGUGAAGAUCGCUCCUGACCUGACUGCCCAAGACAAACAAGACAUUGCUGAUGUCGUCACUGAGCUGGGAGUGGAUGGUUUAAUGGUGUCUAACACCACUGUGUCAAGGCCAGAGACACUUCAGGACCCAAGUAAGUCUGAGGUUGGAGGGCUGAGUGGAGAACCUCUCAGAGACCUCUCUACUAGGACUGUCAGAGAGAUGUACAACCUCACCAAAGGUAAAAUACCAAUUAUUGGGAUUGGUGGUGUUGCUAGUGGGCAGGAUGCGAUGGAUAAGAUCCGUGCUGGUGCAUCAUUGGUUCAGCUCUACACUGCUUUGACCUAUCAGGGUCCACCUGUAGUGAUAAAGAUAAAACGAGAACUGGAACAGCUUCUUAAUGAUCAGGGUUUCAGCAAUGUGUCCGAGGCAGUUGGAGCUGAUCACAGGCAGAGCAGAUGAGUCGACUCCUAAGCGGAGCCCACCUUGAGAGAUGGGGGAAUGUUAAUGCAGCCCGCUGUGGCUCCUGAACUGGGGUGAAUCCGCAGUAUUUAAUAUCCGUCCAUCUUGAUUUCCAGGGUGGAGUAAAUAUUAUGGUCUGAAAUCACAGUAAAAACCAGUAAGUGAAUAAUGAUGAGUGUUUUAUAUUGUCCUAAGUAGGGAUGGGUACCGGUGUCCGGUGCCAUGAUGGCACCAGUUCUGACAUAAACGGUAGUAACCAGACCGAAAAGCAGCGCACA